AACGAAUGAACUAUACGUAAGUGCCUACAUCAAGAGAACAAAUUAAUUACCGGCUCUACCACCUACAAGCAUGGCGCUGCGAACUGACCAUUGAAUAUCACAACAUAAGAAAGAGCUUGAAUUUUCGCUGGUGACUCUUGGUAGUUGGAGUGGGGUGGAAAAGUAUUCUGAUCGCCAGUGUACAUACGUGUUGCGUUACAGACGUCUCCUGAUUCGUAUGGAAUUUUCGUAAUUUAAAACUCUUAUCGGGAAAUUAUCGCUGUGCGUCACGUUUCCAUGAACCAUUUGUUUGGACAGUAACGGAGAGGCGAUUCGUGAAAUACAACCGAUAAGGGAAGGUUAUAAUCGAAAAGUUCGGAUAUCGACGGUGUUGAGAAAAUCGAGAGUAGUACAUUUUCGUCAAGUGUGUGAACUUUCGAGUUUAUUCAAAUAGGGGGCAUACGAAUUGUGAAUAGUGAAGGUAUCGAGGUACCAAGAUAAGGAAGGGCGCACUAUCUCCGAAACCAUCGGGCGCCCUACUGCUCCAGGGGUAACUCGGUGGUUCGUAGUCGCGCGGUAUGAACAAAUGAUGUGAUCAACGGUCAUCAUGGCGGCACCCAUACUAAAGUGGAAGCGGAUCACAAAUACGACCGGGCCCCAGCCGAGACCCAGACAUGGACACAGGGCGGUCGCUAUUAAGGACCUCAUGGUUGUUUUCGGCGGUGGAAACGAGGGCAUUGUUGACGAGCUUCAUGUCUAUAACACGGCAACUAACCAAUGGUUUGUACCAUUGACAAAAGGUGAUAUUCCACCUGGUUGUGCAGCCUUUGGACUUGUUGUUGAUGGUACUCGGAUUUUGGUUUUUGGUGGUAUGAUAGAAUAUGGAAAAUACUCAAAUGAGCUUUAUGAACUUCAAGCAAGCAGAUGGGAAUGGAAAAGAUUAAGACCAAAACCACCCAAGCAAGGUCUUGUACCACGUCCCAGAUUAGGACAUAGUUUUACCCUUAUUGGUAAUAAGGUCUUUGUUUUUGGAGGUUUAUCUAAUGCAAGUGAUGAUCCUAAGAAUCAUAUACCAAAAUAUUUAAAUGAACUGUAUACCCUUGAGCUGUUCCUUGAUGGAGGAACAGCUUGGGAUAUACCAAAUACUUAUGGACCUGAACCACCACCCAGAGAGUCUCAUAGUGGAGUAGCUUAUACUGAUCGAAACACGGGGAAAACUAGUUUGGUCAUCUAUGGUGGUAUGAGUGGUUGUCGAUUGGGUGAUUUAUGGUUUCUUGAUAUUGAUACGAUGACUUGGAAUAAACCAGUGGUACAUGGACCUACUCCAUUACCACGUUCUCUUCACACUGCCACUUUAAUCGGUCAUCGAAUGUAUGUUUUUGGAGGAUGGGUACCACUUGUUGAAGAUGUUCAGGUGGCAACCCAUGAGAAAGAGUGGAAAUGUACAAGUACAUUGGCUUGUCUAAAUUUAGAAACACUGACAUGGGAGGAAUUAACGCUUGAUACUUUGGAAGAUAAUGUUCCUCGUGCUCGUGCUGGUCACUGUGCAGUUGGAGUGCAUAGCAGACUUUAUAUAUGGUCCGGUAGAGACGGAUAUCGCAAAGCUUGGAACAAUCAGGUUAUUGUUUGUUGCAAAGAUUUAUGGUACCUCGAAGUUAGUAAACCUCCUGCUCCAUCCAGAGUGCAAUUAGUGAGAGCUUCUACUCAAACAUUGGAAGUUAGUUGGACAGCAACACCAUCGGCUCAAUAUUAUAUACUGCAAAUUCAGAAAUACGAUAUGCCUCCAGCUACGACCGGCACCUUUCCUACAGUCAGUACACAAACCAGCACCGCGCCUACUACUGCACCAGCAGUGGUUACACCUGCAACUGUUCCUGUUACAUCUCCGCCCAUUACUACCGUUGCUGCUCUUCCAUCGACUUCAACUUCUGCUCGACCAUCCGUAGCACAAACUCCCGUACGAAUACAAUCAACUGUACAAAGCCCGGUUCAGAAACCAGUACCAUCACAAGCUGUAACGAAACCAGCUAGUCCAAUGGCGCCAAGAGUAGCUGGGAAUCUCAUUCGAAUUCGUUCACCAAUAGUUACUUCAGCACCGACGACGACAGAACAGACUCCAGUUUCUAACACAACGGUAGCAGGUCAAACACCAGCUGCUAUGUCAGGUAUUGCUGCUUUGGCCGCAGCGGCUGCUGCAACUCCAAAAAUAAGUAUGAAUAAUGUUCCAAUCCUUCCACAAACUACAGCUAAUACGAUUAGAAUGAAAAAUGCUCAACCUGGUCAACAAAUACGUUUCGCCGCACCUGGAGCAACAGUGCUAAGAACUGCGACUCCACAACAGAGUAAACAAAUAAUCCUUCAGAAGCCAGGUCAGAAUAUAUCUGGUCAACCUCAGAUUGUGCAUCUUCUUAAAACUGGGCAAGGAAUGGUAACAAGUAUGCCUAAAGUCAGUCUGAUUCCUGGUAAGACUGUUCAAGCAACAGGUGCGAAACCUCUAAACCAAGGGCCAACGAUAUUGAGAUUAGUAAAUCCUAAUACAGUAGCAGGAUCGAAAAUACUUACAACCAUGAAAACAUCUAGUAUUGUUGCCAUGAGCAAAGGUCAAAACAUCAGCGGCAAACAGACGAUAAUGAUUACAAAACCUGGAAACAACGGUGGUCUAGUUGGUCGUAAUCAAAUAAUCGUAGUAACAACAGGUUCCGGUUUAAGAGCUGUACAGGCUGUCACAACGUCUCAAGCUGGUAACGGGCAAACAAGUAACAUUACCACACCUGUAAAUGUUUUACCUUUGUCAGCUACUAAUCAUGUAACAAAUCAGCAAGGAGUGAAAAUGAUCGUCGUUUCGUCUGGAGCAAUGGGAGGUGGAACUGCCGGGAAGCCUAUUACUAUUACAGUUCCAGGCCAGGGUGGUGUACCAAAGACUGUAACGAUUGCUACAAAGGGAAACCCUCAAGCUAUUUUCAACACUGGAAAGAAUCAGAUUGUUACUGUGCCACAAAUACAGAAAACACCGGAAUCUGUCACGGUGUCUGGAAAACCUGUGACACUACAAAUGUCCGGAGGAAUAGGUGCGAAAACGGUUACCUUGAUGCCCACAAGUAGCUCAGUGGUAACUACUUCCAGCGCGUCGGAUGCGAUAGAUACUAGUAAAAUGUUAUUUGUUCCAUCACAAAAACAACCAUCAGCAACAUUGGCAUCUACAACUGAUGGUCCUGCUACAACUGACGCUGCAUUGGCUGCGUUAGCUGCAGAAGCAGGUUUAAUAGAUCCAGUUCAAGAGCCUUCUGGUAGUUUGUCUUUCAUGGUGGCUACGGAUGAUAGUGGCGCAGGAGAUGGUAAAAUAGACAAUAGCUGCAAUGGUAACGAAGCUACCACAGCGGCUGCUUUGGUAUCUCAGAUGGGAGCUGGCGAGACAAUGCAAGUUGUCGGCAAUGGUGACUUCGUGAUUCCUCAGAUGGAUGGCCCAGCAGAUAUUCUCUUAUCUGAAGAUGAAGAGAACGAGAAAAUGGAUUUAGACGAAGAUCCCGCGACUGAAGAUCAAGAAGAGACACCUGCCGUAGAGUCUGCAGAAAUGGAAGAAGAUAUUGGUGCUACAACUACCGAUGAUGUUCAUAUAGAAGAGAGUGAAGUGAAACAUUCAGAAACCUCAGAGGCUAUACCUGAAAUCCCUGUUUCAACUAGUACUGCGGAGGAACUGCCUUCAGAACCGGAACCCUCAGUUGACUCACAACCGGAUGAAAGUGAAAUACCUGUAGAAGCUACAAAUGAUCCGGAACCGACAAAUGAAAAUGACAUGCAAUCUGUAGCUAAUUCAUCAUCCGAGGAAACGCAUAUUAAAACUGAAAACGAUGACACGCCAGAACCCGUGGAAGCUCCGUCGGAAGAGACAUCUAUGCCAGACGCCAUAGAGCCGUCAGAGCAUGAUGAAGCCGAACAAAUUGAAAAUAAUGACAUAAAAGACUAUGAAAAGUCGCCAGCUCCUGAACAUUUAUCACCCGAAGAUAGUGUAUCACAGUUUUCACUAGAAGAUAGCCAAGACGCGGUAAAAUGUAAAGAUGAAGAUGCUGAGCCAGCGAUGGAUCUGCCCGAAGAAAAUUCUCCGAUAGAAAAAUUAGAAGAUAAUGACGAAUCCAUGGCCACAGACCCUUCAAUGACUCCCGCCGAUGUAAAUAUGCCAAUGGCAACCCCUAUUAUAACACCAGAUAUACAAGUAAAGUUAGAACAAUCCGAUGAGCCAAUGGAACAAGAGAAAAUAACUGAACCACAAAUAUCAUCUGCGAAUAGCGUUGCAUCUCUCGAGAAAGAGAUGGAUGUUCAAAAACCAAUGACCCCGAUCAAAAUCGAAGCGAAGGAGGAACCUAUUAAGAAAGAUAAUUUGAAGCAGGAUAAACUAAAUGACAGCAGAUCAGAAAGUGGGGAUGAUUCCACAGCAUUGACUACAUUGGCUACAGCUGCCUUAGGUUCAGCCGAACAACCAGUAAAGAUAAAAACAGAGCAGACUGAAGAGGAAAAGAAAGAAGCAGAGUGGUACGAUGUUGGUAUAAUCAAAGGGACGAGUUUUACUGUACAACAUUAUUAUUUACUUGAUGGUGAACCAAUAGAUUUAGAUAUUCCUGCAAAAUCGUUGAGUAUGGAUAUUUUCAAGGGAAGAACCAAGGUUGCUUUAGAACCUGGAACGGCUUAUAAGUUCAGAGUUGCCGCUGUGAAUAGUUGCGGGCGAAGUGCUUGGAGUGAGGUAUCUGCAUUCAAAACGUGUCUUCCGGGAUACCCUGGAGCACCUAGCGCUAUAAAAAUUUCCAAAUCUGCGGAGGGUGCUCAAAUUUCUUGGGAACCACCGUCUAGCAACGUUGGACCUAUUUUGGAAUAUUCUGUUUAUUUAGCUGUGCGGAGUGCUAGUACCGCGUUGAAUAAUGACGGGGAACCAAGAACAAUUCUGUCGACUCCAAAUCAGUUAGCCUUCAUUAGAGUCUAUUGCGGUUCGAAUAAUUCUUGUUCGGUGACAAAUAGUUCUCUUAGUUCCGCUCACGUUGAUACUACUACAAAACCGGCCAUAAUAUUUAGAAUAGCAGCACGAAAUGAUAAAGGAUAUGGACCAGCAACCCAAGUGAGGUGGUUGCAAGAUCCCACCACCGCUGUGAAGAGUAAUCCUCAGAUGAAGAGAUCUGGUUCGGACAUACGCUCACAGACAAACUCUCCUCCGAAGAAAAUGAAAAUAGACGCCAAGUGAUAACUUCUCGUGAGCCUGUUUUCUCAUUCCUCGAGAGAACAAAAGUUUUACUCAUUAUUUAAUUUCCGCUGGUACACACGCCUAACAACGAUAAUGAAAAACAGUGCAUCGUUCGAAUAAGCGACGUGAUAUAUGCGAGUAAAUGAAAGAAGUGAAUGCACGAUAAAGAGCGAUAGAAGAAGUGUCCACAGCUAGAAUGAGGUAUAAACAUAAGGGUUUAAAAAAAAAAGAAGUAUUUUAAGUGUUCUGUACGAGUACAAGAUCUUUCUGUACCGCGUUUUCUGACUCACCGUUAUUCUCCUAUUCCCUCGCGAACGCGCGACAUUUUUCUGUAAAGAUAACACGAGUACUGUUAAUAAAUGGUAAGGUGGUUAUUUUGGAGUUAAACAAGUUUUUUCAUGUUUAUACUGCUUUCUAUGAAUGUGGUAACAUAUCGAUGAUGGCUACACUUGCAUCACCUAUCAUGCCCAAAUAUUGACCACCUUCAUUAUUGUUUUCUAUUAAAACGAAUUGAAAUACUAAUAGAAAUUGAUAUAAAACGGUGAAACAGAAUUUCUAUUUCAUUUUUACGAAACUCUCGCUAAAAGUUUUGCGUAACUUUGUUUUAAAUUGAUCUACAUAUAAAAUUUUUAACGAAUUUUGAAAAUCUAGCAAACUUCAAGCUAUAUUUGAAUAUUCAUUGUAAAUAUUUGUUGAAAAUUUGGCUUAUAAGAAACUGCUUGAAAACUUAUAAUAUGAUGCAAGUGUAUGGAGCAGAUGAUUUGAUUAUACCAUUUUUUUCUGUAUAGAACAUCGGUGCUACACUUUAAUCUGGUUACUUUUGUUACUGCCAAUCGCAAAGAAAACAAGGAAUGAAUAAGAGAAAGAAGCACGUAGUGUAAAAUUCUCUUUGAAUGGAUGCGAUGCAAAUUUACCUUUGCAAUUUUGUUAUUGCUUUCAAUAACAAAGCAGAGACCUUUUGUAAAAAAAAGAACCUGGAAGAAAGGAAUAUAAGUUAGUAGAAUUGCACAUAUUGUUCGUGAAAAAAUUGUAACUUGAUUUCAAUGGCGUUGAUAUUUUAGAGAAUACAAAAUUUGAAGAAAGUUAAGAAUAUUUUUAGAUGGCAACGAAAUAAUUAUUCGAAUAGUAUAUCAUUAUAAUAUAUUAUGUCUAAUAUAAAGUUUAAUCUUUUAAGAUGCUAAGAAUUUAUAUAGGAAACAUAGAAAGAAUUUAUAUAGACAAAAUAAAACAAUCAUGCAUUAAUGCAUUAAGAAAGCAUACAUCUUUAUUUGUGUUGAGCAUAAUAUAUUUUAAUUAAACCAUUUAGUAGCUUUUUAACCCGAGGUUGAAGAAGCUAUAAAUAAAUUUACGAAAAUUAUCUUGGUCGCUUAAGGUUUUAUUGAAAUGCAAUAAUUUAAGCGCACAUUUUACUUUUACAUUAUGGAUACACACUUUUUUUUGUUGUUUGCUUGUAGCUUAAGCAUUAACACAGCAUUUUAAAUGCUUAAUAUAUUAUGUUAAAAUUUAUAUUAACAAUACCAUUUAUGGACUGGAAUAUUCAAAAUGUGUUAAAAAGAUUAAACGAUUUUGAGAACUAAUAACUUUGCAUUAAUUUAGUGUACAAUUUUAACAGUAAUUUAACUGUGCAUUGAACAUAUGCUCAAUAUAUAUCGGUAUGAAAUUAAUUCUCUAAAUAUGUAAUAUUAACAAUGUAAUAAGACACUUGAUCUAUUGAGUAUGAAAAUCGUUUGUACAGAUAAUUGAUAAAAGUUAUUAGUUCUUUCAUAUUGUUUUGUAAAUUGGGUUGACAGGCAAUGACACUAGACCAUACUGGAACAUUCAUCCAUAAUUAUUAUAAUACUGUGCAGAUAAAAUAUUGUGAACUGUACGUACAUGAAAUACGAUAUUCUGUUCUUUGUAAAGUAAUUCUUAAAGCAUGUACACUUUUCAUGCAAUAUCCGAAUAUAUUAAAAGAAUCUAUUAAUAAAUAUAGAAAAACAUCUUACAUGAAAUACUCGUUAUUUCAUCAUAGUGUUACUCAUAAAAACAUGUUCUUACACGAUAGAUAAAAGAAACUCUAAAACUGUAACUAUACUAAAAUUAAAAGACAGAAAGAAAAGGUACAAAUUUAAUUUUAACAUUUAUAUAAGGGUGUCAUAAUCUGUCUUCUGCACAUAUAUCAGACACGUAUAAAAGAAAAAGAACAAUUAAUUAAUUUGGGUACAUUGAUAAUUAUGAUGAGAAAAAUUUCUUUUCACGCGUUUUAGGUUCUCUUUAAUUUUAGUAUAGAAAGUUUUUGUUUGUUAUUCAUUACUAAUUGUUUUAAGAGAACAAAGAUCAUACAAUACAAUAUCAAUUAAAAUUUGUCUAGAAUAAUGUAAAUAGAAAUGAAUAGAACAUACUGAAGGGUUUUCAUCAUAAUAACAAAUUUGUAAUAUUGUAGUUCAUUUCUUUCCAUUCGAAUUUCGCGUUACAUUUCUAUAAAAUAAAUAUAACCCUUGGCAGUAACGAAAGCAAGUAUUAAACACACUCGGUUAGCUUCUCUCUGAUUUACUUAAUUGAACGAGCAAAGAAGUCUUAUAAUUAAGACUUUUGUUCUCUUACCACAUACAAAUGUUCAAAUGAAUCGAUAUGAUUGGUUUCACUAGAAUUUAUAUAUCUUAAGUUACAAAACCGCGUUCUGUGAUGAAACAUUGGAGAAAAAAAAGUAACACAAUAUCGGACCACGAUUUUAUUAUAGACUCUUUUCCUACGUGAUUAGAACUUUAAAAAAGAAAAAGCCUUAGUACGCUUACAAUUUGCAUGGACAUACGUGAAAAAUCAAACGUAUAAAAAGUGAAUUGUAUGCAGUAGAGAAAAUUUAAAAAAAACGAAAAAAAAAGAA